AUGAUACAGUCAGACAGAGGAGCAGAUCUGCCAGACAAGGAGGACAAGACACUUUCUAUGGCAACCAAUCCGAAGAAUGGUCUCUCCCAAAUCCUGAGGCAUGUGCUGCAAGAGCUGAAUCUGUUCUACAGCCGGGACGUGAAUGGCGUGUGUCUCCUGUACGACCUCCUCAACUCCCCGUGGCUGCAGGCUCUGCUGAAGGUGUAUGACUGCCUCCAGGAAUUCAAAGAAAGGAAGCCUGCACCCACCAUGCCCCGCGCGCAGGCCGUAUCCUGUGAGGUAAUGGAGAUAUUACGUGAAACUCCUAAUUCUCCUGACAUCAAAGAGCUGAGACAAAUCCUCAGGGCUCCACACUUUAAGGCCUUGCUCAGUGCCCAUGACACUGUGGCUCAGAAAGAUUUUGAACCCCUUCUCCCCCCACUGCCAGACAAUAUCCCUGAGAGUGAGGAAGCAAUGAGAAUUGUUUGUUUGGUGAAAAACCAACAGCCCCUGGGAGCUACCAUCAAGCGCCAUGAGAUGACAGGGGACAUCCUCGUGGCAAGAGUCAUCCACGGCGGGCUCGUCGAGAGGAGUGGCUUGUUAUAUGCUGGAGACAAACUGGUGGAAGUGAAUGGAGUUUCAGUGGAGGGGCUGGACCCUGAGCAAGUGAUCCACAUUCUGGCCAUGUCUCGCGGCACAAUCAUGUUCAAGGUGGUUCCAGUUUCUGAUCCUCCUGUUAAUUGCCAGAAGAUGAUGUACGUUCGUGCCAUGACUGAGUACUGGCCCCAGGAGGAUCCUGCCAUCCCCUGCAUGGAUGCAGGGUUGCCUUUCCAGAAGGGCGACAUCCUCCAGAUUGUGGACCAGAAUGAUGCACUCUGGUGGCAGGCCCGGAAAAUCUCAGACCUUGGUACCUGUGCUGGCCUAAUCCCGUCUAACCACCUUCUGAAGAGGAAGCAGCGGGAGUUCUGGUGGUCUCAGCCAUACCAGCCUCACACCCACCUCAAGUCAACCAUAUCGAUUUCUAUAGAUGAAGAAGAUGACAUGAAGAUUGACGAGAAAUGUGUGGAAGCAGAUGAAGAAACAUUUGAAUCUGAGGAACUUUCAGAAGACAAGGAGGAAUUUGUUGGCUAUGGCCAGAAGUUCUUUAUCGCUGGUUUCCGCCGCAGCAUGCGCCUCUGUCGCAGGAAGUCUCACCUCAGCCAGGUGCGCGCCAGCGUGUGCGGGGCCGGCAGCUGCCACAGCGCGGUGGGCGCCCCUUACGAGGAGGUGGUGAGGUACCAGCGCCGCCCUUCAGACAAGCACCGCCUCAUAGUGCUCGUGGGACCUUCUGGUGUUGGAGUAAAUGAACUGAGAAGACAACUUAUUGAACUAAAUCCUAACCAUUUUCAAAGCGCUGUGCCACAUACUACUCGUUCCAAAAAGAGUUAUGAAAUCAAUGGACGCGAGUACCACUAUGUGUCAAAGGAAGCAUUUGAAAGCCUCGUGUAUAGUCACAGGAUGCUCGAGUACGGUGAGUACAAAGGCCACCUAUAUGGCACCAGCGUGGAUGCUGUUCAAGAAGUUCUCAAUGAAGGAAAGAUCUGUGUCAUGGACUUAGAGCCCCAGGGUAUUCAAGUGGCUAGAACUCAUGAACUGAAGCCCUAUGUCAUAUUUAUAAAGCCGUCUAACAUGAGUUGUAUGAAGCGAUCUCGGAAAAAUGCCAAGAUCAUUACAAACUACUUUGUGGACAUGAAGUUCAAGGACGAAGAUCUCCAAGAGAUGGAGGAUUUAGCUCAAAAAAUGGAGACUCAGUUUGGCCAGUUUUUUGAUCACGUGAUUGUGAAUGACAACUUGCAAGAUGCAUGUGCCCAGUUGUUGUCUGCAGUUCAGAAGGCUCAGGAGGAGCCUCAGUGGGUCCCAGCAACGUGGGUCUCCUCUGAUACCGAGCCUUAAGGAGGCCCUCCGCACAAUGCUGCAGUUUUAACAGCGUUCCCCUGUUACAGAGCUCCGGACCAACAGCUGCCACCCCAAACAGCAGCAUUUGCCCUGUUAUAACGAGUGCAGCUUAAAAGUACUGCAGUUUAUUAAUCUUAUUUGAAAACAUAUUUGUAUUGUAUGCUUACAUAGAGUUACCUAUUUGGCUUGUAGAAGAAAAUGUUUUCCUUUACCUCAUAUGCAGUAACUCGUAGAAAUAUGAACAAUGUUA